UUUGGUACUAACUCUCUUUUCAUCCCAAAAUUUGGGACUUAGGCAAAUCCUCCGAUCCUAAUUCAUUCUCCCCUCGCGGCGCGUCUUCUUCUCUUCGAUCUCCCCUUCCUGGCGACGGCGGUAAAAGAGACAGCGGCGAAGGCGACGAAGCUUUGCAGCUGAGUUUACUUAUGUCAAGCUGGGCAUCGUGAGGAGGGCUGCUGGUGCAGGGUAGUAGUGCAUUGGCAAACAGGGACUGGUUAAGCAUCACUUGCUGUGCAUAUUCUCUUUACUUGCUUGUUAUCAAAGGAAGACUUGUUACUAAUAGAUCAUAAGGCUAGGUUACUAUUUCCAAGACAUUUCAUCAAGAUGCUGAACAAUGAUGGCGAGCCUGCAUCUGCUCCACAACCUGAUAUGUGGUAUGACCUACGACUAGGUUCCUCCCUCCAAGACAAUUCAUCAACCAAGUUUUGCACACUUCGAUAUGAAUUUAAGCCUGCAUCAAUUGACAAGAGCCAACCUGGAUCAUUGCAUAAGAAUAAGGAGAACAGAAUAACUGUAGAGUUCCGUAAUAAUCAGCCUGGAAAACAAAAUGUUUCCUUUGAGGGAAGUAGUGAGGAUUACAAAGACAAUGAUGGAGUUCUGUUUUUUGAUGGAGAGACAUUUAGGUUGGAACGGUUGCACCGUGCAGUUAAGAGGUUGAGGCAUGUGCGAUUGCCUGGUGACCAUGCUUCAGCAGUUAACAUUUCAUCUGCACCGCCCUCAUCUGGAACAGCCACAGAGUCUCGUUCUCCUCCAGUUGGAAGGAUGGCAAAAAUGCAAGUGCCAAAUAAAACAGCAGUGCAUCCAAUUCAUGUUGAGGUCGAACGAAUUGAUAUAGGUGUACCAGAAAGUCAAGGUUCCAGACCCAAGGAAAAGAGUGUUGUUAAUGAAUCAGUUCCAGUUAAUCCGUCACCUACUUCUCCUGAUAGGAAAUCGUCUGAAUUAGAGAACAUUGAUAACAUUGAUAUUUUCGGUGACGAUGAUGGAGGAACGCCGAACAAUGAAGUUUUUGGGCAGGAUGAGCAUGGAGGAUUCGACAUUAAUAUCACAAAUCAAAAUGAUACCGAUGAUGAGAUCGCCGAUGUCGAUGUAAGUGAUGAGGCAGACGAAGGGCUAAAUGCUGCUGAAGCUCUACGAGCUCAGGCUAAUGCAGCGGAUGGGCAGCAGCAGGAGACAGAGAGCUCCAGCAGCAGCGACAGAAGUAGCGGGAGCGGAAGCAGCAGUGGGAGCGGAAGCAGCAGCAGCGAUAGUGAUGGAAGCAAUGAUGACUCAGCUAGCUCCGGUGGUGAUGUGGAUAUUUAGAGCAACACUGAAGGAAUGGCCGAUGAAUAUUGUCACGAGAUCAUUCAGUUACAAUGCUAUCCUACCUAUUUUCUUUGCGAAAGCUUUCAUCGCACCCUUUAUAAGCUUGGGGCUCAAUGUAAAAUCUGAGUUUCUGAGUGUAUCUUAUGACUCGACGCGAGUGAUGAACAUUUUGGACGAACAAUGUUUAUUGAAUUCCCACAGUUCUUGCUGCCACUGAGAACAGGAAGAAUAAACUGAAACAACUAUUGUGCAAA